AUGAGACCCACGGGACCCCACGGGACCCCACGGGACCCCACGAGACCCCACGAGACCCCACGGGACCCCACGGGACCCUACGAGACCCCACGGGACUCCACGGGACCCCAUGAGACCCAUGAGACCCCACGGGACCCCAUGAGACCCCAUGAGACCCACGGGACCACACGGGACCCCACGGGACCCCAUGAGACCUCGGGACCACACGAGACCCCACGGGACCCCAUGAGACCCACGAGACCCCACGGGACUCCACGGGACCCCAUGAGACCCACGAGACCCCACGGGACCCCAUGA